GAGAGAGAGAGAGGGGGGAGAAACUACGGAGAUACUAGGAAAGUCAUUAAGAAUUUUGCCUACCCUUGUGUAAACCCAUCCCCCAUUUCCAACAUUUAUGGGCAUUGUAGAUUUUCCUCACAUUUUGUCAAUUUUCAUAUUAUAACCUUUUCGUUCUCUUGAAAAAAUUGAUAGUUUUCUUGGUAUAUCCAUCCCUAAUCCCUUUUAUUUGAAAACCUGGAUGUCAGUUGAAUUCUGAGAUAUUUGAGAUUCUCAAGAGACCGUUCGGCUGAUAUAUUGACAAAAGAGGUCGAAUAAUUGAAGGUUUGAUCAAUGGGAAAUUGUUGUGCAGCGCCAAAAACGUCUGAUGAGAAUAAAAAGAAGAAUAAGCCAAAUCCCUUUUCGGUUCAUGGCGGUAAUUUCACUAUACCAGAUGGUGGAUUCAAAUUCUAUGUACUGGAUGAGCUCGGGCGAGGUGAAUUCGGGGUUACAUAUUUAUGCACUGAUAAAUCUAGUGGUGAACUGUUUGCUUGUAAAUCGAUAUCGAAGAACAAACUGAGGACUAGUGUGGAUAUUGAGGAUGUUAGGAGAGAGGUUGAGAUUAUGAAGCAUUUGCCGAAGCAUCCAAAUAUUGUUAGCAUAAAGGAUACUUAUGAGGAUGAUAAUGCAGUUCAUAUAGUGAUGGAGUUGUGUGAGGGUGGUGAAUUGUUCGAUCGGAUUGUUUCUCGGGGACAUUAUACUGAGAGGGCUGCUGCGGCUGUCACUCGUACGAUUGUUGAAGUUAUCCAGACGUGCCACAAGCAUGGAGUCAUGCAUCGUGAUCUUAAACCUGAAAAUUUCUUGUUUGCAAAUAAGAAGGAAACAGCACCCUUGAAGGCCAUUGAUUUUGGGCUAUCAGUAUUCUUCAAGCCUGGCCAGAAGUUUGAUGAGAUUGUGGGUAGUCCUUAUUAUAUGGCACCGGAGGUGCUCAAAAGAUACUAUGGUCCAGAAGUGGAUGUUUGGAGUGCUGGUGUAAUUCUCUACAUCUUAUUGUGUGGUGUUCCACCAUUUUGGGCAGAAACUGAACAAGGAGUUGCCCAGGCAAUAAUUCGGUCUGUUGUAGAAUUUAAAAGAGAUCCAUGGCCUAAGGUUUCUGAUAAUGCAAAGGACCUUGUAAAAAAGAUGCUCAACCCUGACCCCAAGCAGCGGCUUACAGCACAAGAAGUAUUAGAUCAUCCUUGGUUACAGAAUGCCAAGAAGGCUCCAAAUGUAUCUCUGGGUGAAACCGUGAGGGCAAGGCUCAAGCAAUUCUCUAUGAUGAACAAGUUGAAGAAAAGAGCUCUAAGGGUGAUUGCCGACCAUUUAUCGGUGGAGGAAGUGGAAGGCAUAAAGGAAGGAUUCCAAUUGAUGGAUACGGGCAACAAGGGGAAGAUUGACCUUAACGAGUUGAGGGCCGGAUUGCACAAGCUUGGGCAUCAGAUCCCAGAUGCAGAUGUUCAAGUUCUUAUGGAAGCAGGCGAUGUCGAUAAAGAUGGAUAUCUCGACUGCGGAGAGUUUGUUGCAAUUUCCAUUCACCUGCGGAAGAUGGGCAAUGAUGACCAUCUGCAGAAAGCCUUUGAGUUCUUUGAUAAAAACCAAAGUGGGUAUAUAGAGAUUGAAGAGCUGAGGGAUGCUUUAGCUGAUGAGGUUGAGACUACAAAUGAAGAAAUUAUUAAUGCCAUUAUUCAAGACGUAGACACAAACAAGGACGGACGUAUUAGUUAUGACGAGUUUGCUGCAAUGAUGAAGGCGGGCACAGAUUGGAGAAAGGCAUCAAGACAAUAUUCACGGGAACGAUAUAAUAGUCUCAGCUUGAGAUUGAUGAAGGAUGGAUCAUUACGGCUGAACAACGAGGCUAUAGAGCUUAAAGUGGUUUAAUGUAUAUUUUUAGAUAUUAUGGUUUCGAAUCAAAUAUUUCUUCAAUUUUUACGUAGUAUUGUUCAUGAGAUCCUUUUUAUAGUGGAUAACUAGAUAUAAUUCCCCAGAUUUUAAGUAUUUCUUGAAGUGUAAAUGUUCUGCUUCAGAUGCCUGGAGGGAUGAAGAAAUAUAUAGAAUGGGAGGUAAUCUCUGUGUGUUCAUUUGCAACAUUUA